CGAGGGUGAAAUCUCGGCUCUUUGGCUCGGCGGAGGCCGGAGGGGGGGGGCGUCCUGCGGGGAGGGCCUGCUCAGGCGUGAACGGCGGCGCCCCUCCAACCAUCGUGGGCGGGCCCCUGCUUUGACCCCUGCCGUUGCAAGUGCUUCGUCCGCGUCUUCCUUUUUUUUUUAAAGCUGUCCCUCCCUGCAGCCUUCCUCUUCCACGUUCUGCGUCUUUCGCGCAGCCCCCCCCCCUCUGCCUUGGGUUGGACCGGUUUGGCACCUGAGCGAAGGCGGAGGAGGGAGGGAAGGCAGGAGCGAGAGCUCAGCGCCUGCUUUUGCCUCCAGUGCGCGCCGAGAAGGGAGCUGAUCCGAAUCGAAAGCCCCCGCUGGGAUCGCCUUUCUGUCGCCCGCAGCUGCCCGCUUUUGACCCCCGAUCCUUCCGUCUUCGUCGAGAACUCCCUGCAGUCAUGGUGAAGGUGGCGUUUAACGCGGCCCUGGCGCAGAAAGACGCCGCCAAGAAGGAGGAGGAGGAGGACGGCGGCGAGGGCAGCGAGAGCAGGGGCGAGAAGGGGAACAGCGGCUGCAGCAGCAGCAGCCACGUGCUCAUUUUGCCCCCCGGCGCCAAGGAUUCAGAAGUGGUACCUAUUGGACAACGGAGGGCUUGGUGCUGGUGUAUGUGUUUUGGCUUAGCAUUUAUGCUUGCUGUUGUGAUACUUGGUGGUGCCUACUUAUACAAGUAUUUUGCAUUUCAGGAAAGUGGUGUUUACUUCUGUGGAAUCAAGUAUAUUGAAGAUGGCUUAUCUCUAACUGACUCAAAAGGAGAAGUUUCAGCCCCUCGUUAUCAGAUAAUUGAGGAAAACAUCCAGAUCCUCCAGAAGGAAGAUGUUGAAUUUAUCAGUGUGCCUGUUCCAGAAUUUGCUGACAGUGAUCCAGCUGACAUUGUUCAUGAUUUUCACAGGAGGCUUACAGCUUAUCUAGAUCUCAACCUGGAUAAGUGUUACGUCAUUCCUUUAAACAUGUCAAUUGUUAUGCCACCUAAAAACUUCUUGGAGUUGCUGAUCAACAUCAAGGCUGGGACAUAUUUACCUCAGUCAUAUUUGAUUCAUGAGCAGAUGAUAGUUACUGACCGUAUAGAAAAUGUGGAUCAGCUGGGCUUCUUCAUUUAUCGCCUCUGUCAUGGUAAAGAUACCUACAAACUGCAGCGUAAAGAAACUUUGAAAGGAAUUCAGAAGCGUGAAGCCAACAACUGCCGAAUAAUUCGACACUUUGAGAACAGAUUUGCUGUGGAAACAAUCAUUUGUGAAGAAUGAGAAAUACUAUUG